CCAACACCGGCUGAUGAGACCCAAGAAAAUGAGAGAGAGAGACAGAGAGAGAGGGCGCAGUGUCCAAGGUCGUCGUAGCGUGGGGUGUGGCGUCCAGCUGAGCCCGAGCCGUGUCAUCCCGGUAUGCAAGUAAUACAUAAGACCGACUAGAACGCUACGCCCCGUCAUCACCACCGUCAUCGGCGUCGCUCUUCCACUGCAGCAGGGCUGUCCGCGAACACAUGGUGCAUUCAAUGCUUCAAACGUGUCCGGUCUGUGAGAGAUGAAAGAAGGUCCUGACUUUUCGCCUCUCUCCUUUCGAUAUGUUAGAGAUAGAUCGAAAUGCGUAGUUGCUUUUUUUGGUAGACUGAUCGUCUGGUGUGGUUUUGGGGGGCCCCAAAAGAUUUACACUUGGACAAGCCAAUCCUCCCGUUCUUGUUCCACCAAACCAUUAGGGGGCCGGGGGAAAGUUAACUGAAUAAUAUACGAGAACGAGAUUCCCAUGAUCACGGUCAGUCGGUUGCUGGUUCCCACAGCAAUACAAGCACCACCACCAACUCCACCUCCACCACUGCCACCACCUGCACAUACCGGUGCGAGGCUGCUCCAUAAUCUGGACCUGCUUCCCGCUGGCAUUGUGUCAUCAGGACGGAUUCGGGGCUUUCCAGCUGCAGUUCGCAAUCAAGCCUCACCGGAUGGGGCAGAUCCUCCACGCAAGCCAGUCGCUAGCUGCCGGGCCCCUGGGAGAAGCAGAGAGGGGGGAGGGGAGGACCAUCCAUUGCAUUCUGGACGGGUCUGGGGAAUCACCCACACCGGCCGGUCGCCAACCGAAAGGUGUGCCCAGCAGGAUCUAGUGGUGAGCGACGAGGAUCAUCCGUCCGGCGACCAUCCAUGCGUAGGACUAGGGAAGGUUUAUUUUUCUGGAGGGGGACCCUCCCAGCUGGGGCUGUUCUACUGGGGUCAGUGGAAGCUGUAGGAACUGGAACUAGGCACUCGGCACUAAGGAAGGACGACGAAAAUCAGGUCGGCGAAGAGAAUCGCAGAAUGCAAAUGUGCACAGUCUUGGCGUUCCUCGACCCCCCCGCAUCCAUGUUAGAGUUUAAAAAAAGCGCAGCCCGGGACGGGAUGGAUGGAUGCCCUACUGACCCUGUCUUUUUUUUCCCUUUUCCU